CUCGACUGUACAAGCAUAAACUUGGGUGUAACUACAGAAGCAAGCUGUUUGAACAAUGUGUGGAAGGCGCACUUGAGUCUCCUGGUCUUAGAACGGGCUACACAUGCGUUUUCAAAGGAAGCAGAUCCUCGACGGGGCACGAUCUUGGAGUAAGCAGGGUCCCGAACUCCGUCAGUGAUACAAAUUAAAUCAGAUCUGCCCAAGCUUCCGUAAAAAGCAUAUCUUCCACAGCCUUCUUGCCGACAGUACAUAGAAAAGCUGAGCAGUUCCUGAAAAAUGCCUCUUUGGGCAGGUCUACAAAGUAUGGUAUAUGAGGAGAUGCCAUCAAAGUGUGCAGUGGGAAUUGAUCUUGGCACCUUAUUUUCACGUAUGGGCGUAUUCAGAAAUGGCAGAGUGGAGAUCAUUGCCGAUGAUCAAGGGAAUCGUGCUAUGCCUUCAUGUGUUGCAUUCACUGAAAGCGGAUUCCUCAUAGGAGAAACUGCCAAGAAUCAAGCAGCAGACAAUCCUUACAAUACGGUUUUCGAUGCUAAGCGACUUAUCGGGCGCAAAUUUGAUGACAUAGCAGUACAGCGGAACACUAGGCAUUGGUCGUACAAGAUUAUCUCAACAGCCUCCAAGUCCAAGGUGCAAGUCGACUACAAAGGAGAAGUUACGAUCUUGACUCCCGAGGAGAUCUCAUCCAUGAUUCUCACGAAACUGAAGGAUACGGCUGAGGCUUACUUGAGAUCACCAGUCAAGGAUGCUGUCAUCACAGUCCCUGCAUUUUUCAACUACUAUCAACGUCAGAUUAUCAAAGAAGCAGCAACGAUGUCAGGAUUCAACGUCCUCCGUAUUGUGAAUGAAACCUCAGCUGCGGCCAUCGCUUACGGUGUAGACAAGAAGGGAGUGGGAGAGCGCAACGUGCUCAUCUUCGACCUUGGUGGUGCCAGCUGCAAUGUCUCUGUUGUAACAAUUGAGGAUGGGAUUUUCGAAGUGAAGUCAUCUCUGGGUGAACCUGUUGGAGGAAGAGACUUUGACAGUCGAUUGGUCAAUCAUCUUAUCGCUGAAUUCAAGCGCGCGCAUAAUAUAAAAGUAGAUCCAAGUCCUAGCGCCCUCUAUCGUCUUCGCCAUGCAGCGGAGGAAGCGAAGCAUAAACUCUCCACUGCAUCUUGGGCGGCAGUUGAAAUUGACUCACUUUUCGAUGGCAAUGACUUUUACACUUUCAUCACGCGUUCAUGUUUCGAGGAGCUGUGCGCAGACCUUUUUCGAUCCUUACUGGAUCCUGUGGAGAGAUCAUUGAGAGAUGCCAAGAUGGAGAAGACCCAGAUUCAUGACAUCGUGCUUGUCGGAGGCUCCACGCGAAUUCCGGAGAUACGCAAUAUGCUUUCUGACCUUUAUGGUGGAAAAGAACUAGACACAUCUUUAGAUCCUGAUGUAGCUAUCGCUAAGGGUGCAGCUAUCCAUGCCGCUAUCCUUUCUGGUGACAAGUAUGGGACUAUACAAGAUUUGCUACUUUUGGACGCAAUCCCUUUCUCGCUUGGCAUCGAAACCGCUGGUGGUAUAAUGAAAACAAUAGUGAAAAGGAAUUCUAACAUUCCUAUUAGGAUUAGCCAAACCUUCACCACAUACGCAGACAAUCAACUGGGGGCGCUCGUCCAGAUCUUUGAGGGGGAGCGUGGCAUGACAAAAUUCAACAGUUUCCUCGGAAAACUAGAGCUGUCUGGAAUCCCGCUAGCUCCCCGUCGACAACCCCAAAUCGAGGUCACUUUUGAUAUCGACUCCAACGGUAUUCUCUGCGUCUCCGCCCAGGAGAAAUCUACUGGCAGACAGAAUAAGACGAUUGUUUUACUUACAUCAUCAGAUGAUCCCUAUCGUUAUCCAAAAUAUGUUGCAUCAAAAGAAAACGACGCUUUGGUUCUGUAUGACAGAAAUUUUGCUGGAUCUGAUCUCGAAAAUGUUUAGUUAAUCGUAGAAUCUGAUGAAUCGACAACCUCAUUGACUGCUGCUUUUUGAUCGCCCAUUUAUAUUGCAUGUUACAGUUUCCAUAUCAGCU